AUGAUUGAACGAAGACUCCUUAUGCUCGAAUCCUACUACACCAAAGACACGAACAGGCAAACAUGGCGCAUCACGAAUCCUCCCGGCCUGCCCUUCUACGACAGCAUCAGUGACUAUGAAUUUGUCCGGCCAGCCCAUUGCAGGCCUGGAGUUAUCGACGAGGUUUCGAAGGUCAUAUCUCUCAUGUCAACAUCUGACGAAUGGAAGUUUAUCGGCGUCAUCAGCAAAGGUCCAGCGGGCGAGAUCAUCAAAGUGGAUGGUGAGAACUUCAGAAGAGCGGUGAUUGAGAGAGUUGCGUGUUCUGCACAUGCUUGCAGCAACUGUGGAAUGCCGUGCCAUCGCAAGUAG